AUGUCAGCAACGAUCAGCAAUGGGGUGACGAUUCCCCCUGGGUAUAAAGUUCGAAGAGUGCAAGCUUCUGACUAUAACAACAAUUAUCUUGAGACGCUCAAAGCUCUCACCGUGGUUGGUGAUGUGACCGAGACCCAAUUUGUUGACACCGUGGCAUUGUGGGAAAGCCAACCUCAAAUUUACCACAACUUGGUGAUUACUGACGAAGAUGGUAAGGUGGUGGCUGCCGGUAACAUCGUCAUCGAACAAAAGAUGAUACAUCAUUGCGGUCGUGUUGGUCACAUUGAAGACAUUGCAGUCCACCAAUCUCAGCAGGGCAAGCAAUUAGGAAAGGCAUUAAUUCUACUGCUCUUAGAAAUAGCCAAACAAGAGAAGUGCUACAAGGUGAUUUUGGAUUGUGAUCCCAAAAACGUUGGGUUUUACGAAAAAUGUGGAUUAAAGCAAUGUGGUAUAGAGAUGUCGAUUCGGUAUGACCGCAAUUAG